AUGUUCAUCUCAAAGUCUGAUAAGAUGAUCCCGUCAUCUUGGCGAGAGCGGCUCCCAGAAGAUGAAACCUCCCAGUGGAUGGCCGGAGAUUGGCCAAGCAUGGGUAACGAGUAUCUCAACCAGAGCAAAUACUCCAAAGGAUUGGAGUGUUCGCCAACAGAGGAAGAGACGCAUUACCUUCUGUACUACCGGGGCCUGGCAUUUUUCCGGGUCGAUGAGUGGGAUGCAUCUCUACGGGAUCUUGACGCCAUUCCAGCAGGCCCAAAAUCCGAAAAUGAAGACGUCAGUGCCAAAGAAGAUUUUUGUGAAGCCAUUGCACGCCUUGCAGAGCAGAAGAAGGGCAGAUACAACUUCGAGAAGAUGCAAGAGAAAGCAUCGAAGACCUGGCCACCACUCUUGGACCAUGCGACAUGGAUUGUCAAGGCCGGUGGCUUAAUUCUCUACGAAAAAGCCUUUACAUAUGCAACUGAGCACCCUGGCAAGCCAAAGUGGAGCAGCACCCUCCAUAUCAACACCGAAACUCGGACGGUCACCAGAGGAGGCCAAGCUGCGCUCGCAUCGACAAUCACUGAAAAACUGUACAGGAAUCCAUCAUUAGCACCAGUGAUAACCGGUCUCCACAGCAGCAAAUUCAAGCAUGUCUCAACAGGCCCAGUUGAUGGCAAGCCAGCGGUAGACACAUUUCAAAUCGCCCAUAUUAUCUCCCUCAACAGUUUCGGCAGCCCAACCUCUUCAAGAGCAGAUCAUAUCCAUGACGCGUGCGACGCAAGCAGAACCCCCAGAACGCUGCACAACUGCGGCAUCUGGCCUUAUGCCUCAACAAUCAAUCACUCAUGUAUGAGCAACGUACACCGCGCCUUCAUCGGCGAUAUGAUGAUCAUCCGCGCCGCCACAGAUAUCCCCGUAAACACCGAGCUAAAGAUCUGGUAUCUGCUUCCCGCCCCUGAUUACCAGCCCAUAGAUUUCCGCCACUGGGGCUUCGAGUGCUGCUGUUCCAUUUGCGUCGACAUUGCCACGGCACUAGAAAACAGCUUGAGUAAGGUUAGCCUAGCACGGGCUGAGACGCUCAUUGAGUGUCUGGCCAAGACAUAUGCGCACCCGCUGGAGCAGGUGCCGCAACUUGGGUUGUGGGAGCCGCUUACUUUGAUCGCUGGGGUUUAUGAGAGACAUAAGCGGCCGGACGAAGCCGCGAAGGCUGUGAAUCGGGCUCUCGCAUCGGUUGGAUUUGUGCUUGACGGGUCUGGGUUUGGAGGUGAUGGGGAGGUGCCGCUUGUUGUCAAGAAAUGGGGCUCUUUAUGGAUGGGCUUGUCUUUGCUUGAGACUGCGCCUGAGAGGGCAAUGCAGGUGGAACGAUAUGCUCGUAUGACUUACUUGAUUUGCGUUGGGGAGGAGACAAGCUUUGAUGCAACUUAUGGAGAGAGCUUGGAGGUGGCUUGUGGGCGUCGUCCUAAGGAAAGUCAAGUUGAAGGAUGGGUGGUUUGA